AUGUGCCCAGCAUCACUCGCAAACUCCUCGGUUCCACGCCCGACGAUGGCAGUCCUUCAGCGCUGCACGCUUACGCGAAGCGUGCGGCUACAAGCACUCACGGACCCGAGUCUAUUUGCCGGUCUGACUUUAGGUUACAUGAGCUUGGACGAGACCCAGCUUAAUGUGUUGAGCAUGAGCGGCACUCCUCAACAAAAACGUUACGCUGAGAAGAUCAUGCCUAUCAGGAAAAACGGUCAUUUACUGCUGGUGACACUACUUCUUGCUAAUAUGAUCGUCAACGAGACUCUGCCUGUCAUCUCCGACCCCAUUCUCGGUGGCGGAGUGCAGAGUGUAGUCGUCAGUACCGUCCUAAUUGUCAUCUUCUCGGAAAUUAUUCCGCAAUCGUUGUGCACCCGACAUGGUCUUUACUUUGGCGCUCAAAUGGCAGGCUUCACUCGAGGCUUAAUCUAUCUUCUUGGCGUCAUUGCAUGGCCUGUUGCCAAACUUUUGGAGUUAGUACUCGGUCCCCAUCAUGGAAUUAUGUACCGUAGAGGAGAACUGAAAGAGCUCAUCGCAUUGCAUUCGUCAAUGUCUCCCCUUGGUGGCGAUCUCAAGACUGAUACGGUCACAAUUAUCGGAGCUACUCUUGACCUACAAGAGAAAGUGGUGAAGCAGGCGAUGACUCCCAUUGAGAACGUUUUCAUGUUAUCGAUUAACUCGAAACUCGAUUAUGCACUUAUGAAGAAGAUUUGCCUUACUGGACACAGUCGUGUCCCUGUAUAUGAAGAGGUCGAGAUCCCUGCUGAUGCAUCAGAUCGCAUGUUGAAGGUUAAGAAGAUAAUCGGUAUUCUGCUCGUUAAACAUUGUCUUCUUCUUGAUCCGAAAGAUGCAGUUCCUUUGCGCAGGAUUCCACUGAACAAGGUCCCUUUCGUACCAAAUAACGAGUCUCUUCUCGGCAUUCUGGACAGAUUUCAAGAGGGUCAUUCACACAUGGCUAUUGUCUCUCGCUUUAGCGUCGAGAAAGCUGCUUCAGUCAAGAAAGUCGCCAAGCAGAAGGAUAACACUAAGAACCAAGACGGAGAAAAGGCAUCGCAAGAGAUAUCCUGUGCUGAUGAACUGGACGCUGAUGGUCAAUCCACACUACGCGGAGACGACAAAGAUUCAGCUAUACAUAUACCCCAGCGAGCUGUCCGGACCGGCCGUGGGCGAGGACGCCCCUCGCAACGCGGUAGGGUAAGGCGUGACAUAGAAAUGGGUAUUAUUAAAGAGCAGGCCGUUCAAGAUGAUACCGCCAAAGAGAAGAAACUCCGUAUACCUCGCUCGGCGUCUGCGCUGGAGCAAAGCAUCCCUGAUGACGCUGUUCUGACGAAAGAAGGUGCCGAGGACUUUUUACAGGUCAUUGAUCCCGCAAUAAUGCCACUCGGCAUUAUUACCCUGGAAGAUGUCCUCGAAGAACUUAUUGGUGAAGAAAUCUAUGACGAAUUCGAUCAGGAUGGUGCUCGUGGCACUAUCUCGUCUUACGUCCCAACAGAACAUCCACCUCUUUUAGAGGUCCAUGGGGAAUCCUUACCUGACCUACACUCUACAGCCGCACGGCCUAUUGAGGCGGUCAAGCCUGCUCCCACCGGUCCAGUCCUGCGUCCACUGUCGCUGAACCCCCCGACACCUCAUGAGACGGACGAAGUUGUCUCGAAGACUUCAGCAUUAUCUCCCACCAACGAUAGUAUCAAGGAGCAGGUCACACCUGAGACAGUCAUUCCGGUCAUUCAGACCCUAGAAGCCUUGGCAGCGAUGGAUGAGCCGCAAGACAUGCUCCAGCCCGCAAACACAACUAACGCUGCAUCCACUUCACCUGAGGGUUCUCUUUCGGCACCUAAUUUCACCAUGAAGAAGAGAUCUGCUUCUAUUGCUGGGAUUGCCACUUCUGUUCCCGGUUCUGUCAGCGCCCCUGGUACACGAUCUUCGUCACCAGCACCGUCUUUGGAAGCUAUCCUAUUUGAGAGAAAACGUCGUCUCACUGCCGCUAAGGAGUCGGGGAUGAGCCCGCCUCCCGUUCCUCUACCGAGUGAUGCAGGGAAGUUCAAGAGCAGUCCCUUGACUGGUGGAGAACGUAGCCGAAUUGUUGUCGCCGAACAAGUCAUGCAAGAUACGAUGAACGCUGCUGACAAGGAACGGAUACUGGAUGAGGGUGAUGACGUUGCUCAUGACAAGAAGGAGGACGACAGCGGUUACUUAUAA